AUUUUUAGAUGUUCAAGCAUGCACUACAGUAGUAUUACACGUAAAGCAAAGACAAAAUCAGUAUUGAUGUUUAUUGAAAAUAUCAAUUAAAUAUGAUGCUUAAAUCUUGUAAAAAUUAUGACUAUCAACAGUGUUAACUGAAUAUAGAACUUUUAAAUCUCUACAUGUGACAUGUCAGAUUACACGAAGUUUAAAUUGCUAAAAUGUUAAAAUGGGGUUGCUUGUUUCAAAACUUGCACAAAAUCUGUUUAUUCAAGGAAGACAGACUCGGAUCCUGAUGCUGGGAUUAGACAAUGCCGGAAAGACAACGGUACUCUAUAAACUUAUUUUAAACGAGACAGUGACCACCAUUCCACCUAGAGCUAUCAAUAUUGAAACCUUUACGCCUGUAAAAGGGGCCACGUUCACAGUCUGGGAUAUUGGGGGACGGGACAGAAUCCGACCAUUUUGGAGACAUUACUUUAAUUCCACUGAAGGGAUAGUGUAUGUUGUGGACAGUUCGGACAUGGAACGCAUAGAAGAGGCACGUGAAGAACUGUUUAACGCGCUCGAGUUCGAAGAGUUAAGAGGUGUGCCGAUUGUUGUACUUGCAAACAAACAAGACAUGCAGGAUGCGUUGUCAGCGUCUGAAAUAGCACAGCAGUUGCACCUGAACAUGUUGACGGGGCGGGACUGGUGUGUACAGCAAACAUCUGCUACCACUGGAGAAGGCCUGUUCCAGGCAAUGAGAGAGCUCGCAACCCUGACAAAGGCAUCCACAGAUUCAAAUUGAUGAUUUCAAUUCAUGGCAUGGUCAUGAUACCAAAGAUUGCUUUUGACAACGAAGUGUAUGAAAUACCAACUUGUGACGUAUUCAGAUGUUCAAUAUCUUUAUUCGCCAGAUCUCUGAGUUGAUAGAUGACUUAACCACAGAUACCCUCUCUAAAUUCAAGUUUGUUUAGUUCUGCCCAUUGUUGUCUCGUUUACGGCAGAUCCUUUAUUUUAUCUGGGGACCAUACACUGCUUUUCAUGGAAUUGCACUCUGUGCAUCCGCCGUAUGAACACAUCUGCGGAUGUCUCUAAAUUACAUUCUGGCACUUAUACCGUGUAAUUGUUGAGUUCUGCUCAACCCGGGGCUAGAGGGCGUGGACGGUAGCUUGCACUUCCACUACCGUCCAUGAACAGGCUCAAUCAAACCGAGUCUGCAACAUUUUCGUUUAUGUCGUGUUGGGCGACCUGUGGUUUUCCACAUUUUUAUUUUAUUAUCAUAGCAGCGUUGUUUGUGCCGUGUGGCGGCCGUAAAAAGUCUCCCGUACCUUCAAUCAGAGCUGUUAUAUUUCGAUCUCUUCAGAUGGUUCAGCACGACGUUUAUUAUGUGUUAGAGUACUGUUUAAUUUUUCAGGUUGAACAUUUCGGCCUGGGUGGUUCCAAUACUACCGCUUUAAAAGCGUUGGGUAUUGUAUAAUCACCCCUUGGUUAUAGUGCCUGCUUUUUAAUUUUGUCUUUUGGCAGUUUCUUUGAUAUGCUAAGUUUGUUUAGUUCUGCCCAUUGUUUUCUCGUUUAGGGCACAUCCUUUAUUUUAUCUUGGGACCAUAUGCCGCUUUUCAUGGAACUGCACUCUGUGCAUCAUUGAAGGUUCCAUGUGCACCACCGUAUGAAAACAUCUGCGGAUGUCUCUGAAUUACAUUCUGGUACUUAUAACAUGUGUAAUUGUUGAGUUCUGCUCCACCCGGGGUCAAGAAGGCGUGGAUGGUAGCUUGCACUUCCCCUAUCGCCCAUGAACAGGCUCGAUCAAACCGAGCCUGCAACAUUUUCGUUUAUGUCGUGUUGGGCGACCUGUGUUUUUCCACCUUUUUAUUUUAGACAGUUUUGAAAAUGCUGAAAGUUCAAAUCAUGACUCUUUCAUGUAAGGCUGUUAUGUCGCACAAAGUAAGUUUCAACACUUUAGUCUAAAUUUCUGACUAGGAACUUCAAUGAAAGAGGGCCUUUAUUUUUUUUUUGUCGCAAAAUAGUAAAAGUAGUGCAUUUGUAAGGACUAACAUGUCGUUUGGACUGUUAAAUAAAACAUUAAUCAACAGACACUACAAAGUCUUUUAGAAAUAACAAGGUAUUAGAGAUUUUAAGGGAUGUAACAGAAAUGUCAAGCUCUUACAGAAAUGACAAGAUCUUAGAGAUUUUAAGAGCUAUAACAGAAACAACAAAAUCUCAGAGGUUUAAGAAUUGAUAGAUAUGAAAUAAAAAAAAA